AUGCGGACGCGCGACCGGGAGCCGAGCGGGCGCCCAGGCCCGCGGCGGAGACCUGGGGCCGGGAAGCGCCUUCCCCGGCCGGGCCCUGGCCGCUCCGCAGCUGUCUCGCCCGUCCCGAGAGGGCUCGGCGUACCAUCUUCCCGGAGAACACGCCUCCCUCUGGCCCGGGCAGCGCCCGCCGCGGGGAGACCCCCGCCCCGCGCGCUUGGCGCUCGCCCGCCCGGGCCGCUGGGGCUGCAGGUGCGAGGCCCGGGCGGCCGCGAUGCCCGCGCCUGUCAAGCCGCCUCCCCGCUGCCGCCGGCCGCCCGGGCUCGGGCGCGGCCGCCCCGCGCCAUCCAGCACCGCGCCCCGCCGCCGCCGCGCACCCGGUGGACAGGCAGGGAGCCUGCAGCCAGCCCCGCGCCCCGCGCCUUACCUUGGGAGCCGGAGCAGGGGAGACCGGCCGGCGGCAGCAGCAAAGGCGGCGGCGGCGGCGGGGCGCGCCCCGGGCUGGUGCGCAGAGGAGCCGAGGGGAGCGGCUCCCACAAUGGCCGAGCUCGCGGCGCCGAGCCCCCCGCCCCCCGCGCCCUAGCGGCAGCGGCUGAAGCGGAGCCGGCGCAGCCGCCCAACCCGCUCCCCCACCCCCGGCGCCGACGCCGCCCCCCGCCCCUCGAUGCGCGCUCCCCCCGCCCCGCACCCCACCCGCGGCCGCUGCCUCGCUCCCCGCGCGCCCCUGCCGGGCCGCAGCCCGGCGCCCCCCCCCCCGCACUGCCCCCAGCGCCCUCCUUCUGGGUCCCUCCCCCCCCGCAACUCCUCCCGUGCGGCCGCGGGGUUCCCAGGCCAAUUCACACCCCCACAUUCCCCGCCCUGUGCUCCCGCGCCCUCUCCGCCCGGGCCCCGCGGCCACUCACUGACCCGGGCCUGCCUCAUCCGCCCGCCCCUUUGAAGCUCCUCACCGCCGGUCCCCGAGUCGCUGUCCCAGGCUGCCGGGCCGUCUCUCAGCCCGGACCUGGUUCUUAA